CUCCAUGAUGCUGACAUGGGCUUGCCACCUUAUGUACACAAUAAUGAUUAAGAACAGGACUUCUCUCCCUAUCGCAAACCCUAAUUCCAUCAAUUUAUCAUACACAAUCUAAUUCGAUCAAUAUGUCACAGGAGGUGAUAGCGAGGGAAGCGAUAAAGCACGCAUUGAAGGCUCUGCGGAAGCGGCAUUUGCUUGAAGAAGGAGCUCAUGCUCCGGCUUUCAUCGCGAUUUCUAGGCCGAUCGCCUCUCAGGGUUCAGAAUGGAAACAGAAAGCAGAAAAUUUGGAGUUGGAACUUCAGCAAUGUUACAAAGCUCAAUCUCGAUUGUCUGAGCAACUUGUGGUGGAGGUUGCUGAGUCCAGAGCUUCAAAAGCAUCGCUUCAAGAGAAAGAAGAAGGAAUCACUAAUCUGCAGACAGAGUUGACCCAAACAAGGGAUGAAUGCUCUCAAUUACAGGCAGACCUAGAAGAAAAAAUUAAAGCUUUAGAAUUGCUUGUGAGUGAGAACCAUCAACUUAAAGCAGAACUGGAAGAGAUGACUAAUAAAGCUAAGAAUGCUGAGGCUGAAAAUAAGAUGUUAGUUGAUCGCUGGAUGCUGCAGAAGAUGAAGGAUGCAGAACGACUCAAUGAGGCAAAUGCAAUUUAUGAAGAAAUGGUUGAUCGGCUCAAGGCUAGUGGUUUAGAAAAACUUGCUCAACAACAAGUAGAUGGUGUGGUCCGUCGAAAUGAAGAUGGUGCUGAAUUUUUUAUGGAGUCAACCAUUCCCUCUAUAUGCAAGCACAGGAUCAAUGCCCAUGAAGGUGGCUGUGCUUCCAUAUUGUUUGAGUACAAUUCUGGCAAGUUGGUCAGUGGAGGGCAGGACAGGACAAUCAAGAUGUGGGAUACAAACACAGGAUCACUAAGCCAUACUCUCUAUGGUUGCCUUGGCUCUGUUCUUGAUCUUACCAUUACCCAUGACAAUAGAUCUGUCAUAGCAGCAAGCAGUUCGAACAACUUGUAUGUAUGGGAUGUCAACUCAGGUCGGGUCCGCCAUACUCUCACUGGCCAUACUGAUAAAGUUUGUGCUGUAGAUGUAAGCAAAGUUUCGAGUCGUCAUGUUUUGAGUGCAGCUUAUGAUCGUACCAUAAAAGUUUGGGACUUGAAUAAAGGUUACUGCAUUAACACAAUCAUUUGUCACAGCAAUUGCAAUGCUCUUAGCUUCAGCAUGGAUGGACAAACCAUUUGUUCUGGUCACGUUGAUGGGAAUCUUCGAUUAUGGGAUAUUCAGACAGGAAAGCUACUUAGUGAAGUUGCUGCACAUUCACUUGCUGUAACAUCUAUAUCUCUGUCUCGGAACGGAAAUGUAGUAUUGACUAGUGGAAGGGACAACUUGCAUAAUUUGUUUGAUAUGCGAUCUCUGGAAGUGUGUGGCACGCUUAGAGCGUCUGGAAAUAGAGUGGCGUCUAAUUGGAGCCGGUCCUGUAUCAGUCCAGAUGACAACUAUGUUGCUGCUGGAUCCGCUGAUGGUUCUAUCUCCAUUUGGUCUAUAUCUAAAGCUGAUAUAGUGAGCACUCUGAGGGAACACACUUCUCCGGUGCUGUGUUGUUCUUGGAGUGGGCUUGGGAAACCUUUAGCCUCGGCAGACAGGAAUGGAAUUAUAUGUACCUGGACAUGAUGGGUACGCUGUCAAUAUUUAAAUUAGUAACAUGGAGUCUGGUCAGUUUCAAGAUGUUUAGAUCUCUUAUCUACAUUUUCAUAUACUGUAUAUUAGUUAAAAUUAGGUGUGGGAUUGGUGUAGAUAUUGAAUUUUAAAGAAUUGUACAUUGUGAUUAUCCCUCCCUACAAAAAAAGAACAAAAAAAAAAAAAGAAGAUUGGCUAAUCCAUAAUCACGGAUUUAGAAACUUCCACUUCCAAUU